UUUAUUAAUUCACGAAACAAAAAGCUUGACAUAUAUUUUAGGAGAAUGUCAAAUGAUUUUGUCCACAAUUAUUAUUUACUACAUUGUGUUUUAUCUGAUUUUGAGCGAUUUUGAACGAUGUACAUCAUCACUAUACAUAUUUUGAAUACAAGAGAAAAAAUAAACUAAAAAUACAUGAUUAAGUAUAUAUAUUUUUUUGGUCAAGAUUAAGUAUAUAUAUAUUAGAUAUGUAUGGUUAUCUUCGAAUAUCCGUUUGGGUUGAAUAUCCAAUAUCUGCUAACUCAAAUCCAUUCAAAUAUUUUUAAAUUCGGAUCAGUCUGGGUUUUACAGAUUGGGUUCGAUUUUUGCGUUUAGAUAAAAUACUGUAAAUGCGUAUGACUAAAAAAAAAAUGAAAACAUGCAAUCUAAACUUAAACCGAACCAAACUGAAUCAGAAGCCUUGUUAAAAAAAUCAUACAUCAACCGAGUUGCAACCCGGUUAUCUAAGUAGAGAGUAAAAGGGUAAUUUCAAAUAAUUUUUUUCCUUUUAACCGUUUCAAAUAAAUUUUAGAAGUGGAAUACUAGGUGAGCCGAAUUCGAAGCCUUUGGACCCGUUUUGUUUCUCCUUCUUCUUCUUCUUCUUCUUCUUCUUCCUCCCGUGAGCCGUUUCAUUUUCGCUCGGCCUUCCUCCAGUUUUUUAUUUUUCUCUUGGUUUCAGAAAGGUAGCAAAAUGGCUGACGGUGAAGACAUUCAACCUCUUGUCUGCGACAAUGGAACCGGAAUGGUUAAGGCUGGUUUUGCUGGUGAUGAUGCACCACGAGCUGUGUUUCCAAGCAUUGUGGGUCGUCCUCGUCACACAGGGGUGAUGGUUGGCAUGGGCCAAAAGGAUGCUUACGUUGGCGAUGAAGCUCAAUCAAAACGUGGUAUUCUAACUCUCAAGUAUCCUAUUGAGCACGGCAUUGUCAACAACUGGGAUGACAUGGAAAAGAUUUGGCAUCACACUUUUUACAACGAGCUUCGUGUUGCACCUGAGGAGCAUCCUAUUCUACUCACUGAAGCUCCUCUUAACCCGAAAGCUAACCGUGAGAAGAUGACUCAGAUCAUGUUUGAGACUUUCAAUGCUCCGGCUAUGUAUGUGGCUAUUCAGGCUGUGCUUUCCCUUUACGCCAGUGGUCGUACAACCGGCAUCGUGCUUGACUCUGGAGAUGGCGUGAGCCACACGGUUCCUAUCUACGAGGGUUAUGCACUUCCACAUGCCAUCCUACGUCUUGAUCUCGCGGGCCGUGACCUCACGGACGCGUUUAUGAAGAUCCUAACCGAGCGUGGCUACUCUUUCACCACCACAGCAGAGCGUGAAAUCGUCAGAGACAUAAAGGAGAAGCUCUGUUACAUCGCUCUUGACUACGAGCAGGAGCUAGAGACAUCCAAAACUAGCUCAUCUGUUGAGAAGAACUACGAGAUGCCUGAUGGACAAGUGAUCACCAUCGGUGCUGAACGGUUCCGUUGCCCUGAGGUUCUUUACCAACCGUCUAUGAUUGGUAUGGAGAAUCCAGGUAUACAUGAAACAACCUAUAACUCCAUAAUGAAGUGUGAUGUCGACAUCAGAAAGGACUUGUAUGGUAACAUUGUGCUUAGUGGUGGAACCACAAUGUUCCCUGGGAUUGCGGAUAGAAUGAGUAAGGAGAUCACUGCUUUGGCUCCAAGCAGCAUGAAGAUCAAAGUUGUUGCUCCCCCUGAGAGGAAAUACUCUGUCUGGAUUGGAGGGUCCAUCUUGGCCUCACUCAGUACCUUCCAGCAGAUGUGGAUUGCAAAGGCAGAGUAUGAUGAGUCAGGCCCAUCCAUUGUUCACAGGAAGUGCUUCUAAGUUCAAAGUUCAUCAUUUUUCUGAAAAUAAGUGUUAUGCUGCUCUUUGUUUUCUUUUGUUCUUUUAUAUUUUGAAACUUCGGCCAAAUACAUUUUCAAGGAUUUAUUUUCUUAUUCUUAUUUAGUUUCAACUGUCUUUUUAAGUGAAUAAUAAUAUCUCUUUCUCUUUGAUUAUUACAUAGCAAUGUGUUUCAAGUUA